AUGAAAAACCAAACCUUUCUGACAGAAUUCAUUCUGCUGGGACUAUCAGACAUCCCGGAGAUCCAACUUGUAAUCUUUAUAUUUCUCUUCCUCACCUACGUAUUCAGCAUCAUUGGAAACCUGACAAUCAUCACCCUUACUCUACUGGAUUCCCACCUCCAGACUCCCAUGUAUUUCUUCCUCCGGAAUUUCUCCUUCUUAGAAAUUUCCUUUACAACCACUUUUACUCCCAGGCUGCUGUUCAGCAUCACAACUGGAAACAAGAGCAUCAGCUUUGCUGGCUGCUUCACUCAGUAUUUCUUUGCCAUCUUCUUCGGAGCCACAGAGUUUUACCUUCUGGCUGCCAUGUCCUUUGACCGCUAUGUGGCCAUAUGCAAACCCCUGCAUUACAUGACCAUUAUGAGCAGCACAGUCUGCAUCCAGCUGGUCCUCUGCUCUUGGUUGGCUGGAUUCCUAAUCAUCAUAUCCCCAAUCAUCCUGACCAGUCAGCUGGAUUUCUGUGCCUCCAACAUGCUGAAUCAUUAUUACUGUGACUAUGGACCCCUCCUAGAAAUAUCUUGCUCAGACACAAGAUUCCUGGAGCUGGUUGACUUUAUCUUAGCAGUUGUGACCUUGGUGGUCACUCUGGUGCUGGUGAUUCUCUCCUACACAAACAUCAUCUGGACCAUUCUCAAGAUCCCCUCAGCUCAGCAAAGGAAAAAGGCUUUUUCCACGUGUUCUUCCCACAUGAUUGUCAUCUCCCUCUCUUAUGGCAGCUGCAUCUUCAUGUACAUAAAACCCUCAGCUAAAGAAGGAGUUGCCUUCAAUAAGGGGGUAGCUGUGCUCAAUACUUCGGUUGCUCCUUUAUUGAACCCAUUCAUUUACACCUUAAGGAACAAACAAGUAAAACAAGCCUUCAAGGAUGUGACCAGAAAAAUAAGUAGUAUCAGCAGGUCCAGUGUUGAGCCAGCCUCCACUCCCACCUGGAGGUGGUGUCAUUUGAAGCUACAUUCUACUUUCUUCCACCCUUUCUGUCAUUGGGGUCCAAGGGGAACUGAAACUCCACACCCACCUGAGAGCAACAAGACUGAAUGA